AGGAUGGGUCGCCGCCCCGGAACUGAGCCGACGCCCGGGGGAGGAGAGGGGCGGGACAGGCACCAGGGCGGGACUCCCGCCGGCCGCCCGGCCUGCCCAGCCCCGGAGGGAGAGAGCAGAGGAUCCGGGCACCAGCCGAGGAGUCGGGCACUAGCUCUACCUGCGGCGAGACGCCGCUGCAGCCGCCGCCGGGCUACCCACCCCACACCGCCAGGGGGCCCAACGCAGCCUGCACCCGCGAAACAGACGCACGGCGGCCGCGGCCCCAAAGCCGGCGCCGCUGACGUCAGGCCGGCGUCAGAGGGGACGCCGCGGCGGGGCGGGAGUUGGGACGGCGAAGGAGGGCGUUUUCGGAGCACGCGCCGGGCUGGGGCCGCUGACGUCGGGCUCAGGUGCGCGCGCUCACUCGCCCGCCCGAGCGUGGCCCAGGUGGCGGCCCGCAGCUCCAGGUGGCGGCCUGCAACGGGCCGCGGCGAGAGGGUGAGAGUCCGCGUUUUCCGAGGGAGCUGCGCCGGCCUCGGCCCCGCGGGGUCCCACCGCACCCUAGAGGAUGGAGAGCCUCCCCCGACGCCCCAGGAGGGCCCGCGAUCCCACGCUGGCCGGCCCUCGCUAGCUGCUCGAAAUUUGCGUUUUAUCCACCACCUAGGCCUUGUCUCCUGAGUCAGUGGCGUUGUGGUUCCAAAGAAAUGGAAGAAAAGGAGAGAUGUGACCGACUCCGUUCGGUCCUUCUGCCUUGAGGCCUGGUUGGCAUUUGCAGAAAGGAAAAUACAGCAAGAAAAUCGUGUUUUUUUGGAAGCGGUAGAAGAGGAGGGUGGAAGAAGGAAAACAAGGUCUUAGAUUUUAUAUGAUUUUUUAAAACUUCUGCACUUCGACAGUGGUGGCAAAAUACACUAAAUCCAAAAGUUAUCUUUCUUUUGAGAAGAGGGGGAUUAUUUUUCCUUUUGAUUACAACGUUUUCUCCCCGUGACAAAGCAUAAAUCAUGGACACCAGAAAAUAAGGUAGACCUCAGGAAUCCUGAAAAGACUGAGAAGCUUACAUUCCUCCUCAGGAGGGAAGAGUGGGGUGUUUUUAGCCCUCUCUGGAACCUAAAGCGAAAAACAUGAGUUGCGUGCCAUGGAAAGGAGACAAGGCCAAAUCCGAAUCAUUGGAGCUGCCCCAGGCUGCACCCCUACAAAUCUACCAUGAGAAACAGCGCAGGGAGCUUUGUGCUCUGCACGCCCUCAAUAACGUCUUCCAGGACAGCAAUGCCUUCACCCGGGAAACGCUGCAAGAGAUUUUCCAGAGGUUGUCUCCAAACACCAUGGUGACCCCCCACAAGAAGAGCAUGCUGGGAAAUGGGAACUACGAUGUGAACGUCAUUAUGGCAGCACUUCAAACCAAAGGCUAUGAAGCUGUUUGGUGGGACAAGCGCAGGGAUGUCGGCGCCAUUGCUCUCACUAACGUUAUGGGCUUCAUCAUGAAUCUGCCCUCCAGCCUGUGUUGGGGUCCACUGAAGUUGCCACUCAAAAGGCAGCAUUGGAUCUGUGUUCGAGAGGUGGGAGGUGCCUACUACAACCUCGACUCCAAACUGAAGAUGCCCGAAUGGAUUGGAGGCGAGGGCGAGCUCAGGAAAUUUCUAAAACAUCAUUUGCGAGGAAAGAACUGUGAACUCCUGCUGGUGGUACCAGAAGAGGUGGAGGCCCAUCAGAGUUGGAGGGCUGAUGUGUAACACAGUUCUACCCAGCCUUCCCUCACCUCAACCCCCGAAGUCCUCCGUGAUGUGCUGUGGCCUCUAUAGUGGGUCUGCCCUUGCCAUGUCCCCAAACAUCUCAUUGGGUUUUUCCCCUCAGAUUUGACAGUGCAAUAGGACAGACGUGGGGACUGUUACAGAACCAACCAGCGUUACUUGUUCUGGGAAAGGAAAGUAGGAGCUCUGUGUGUGUAGGGCAAGCUCUGGAAGACUUUUGUUUUAUUUAAGAGAGGAGAAAGAAAGGUGGGUCUUAGCUUAUUUCCCCGUUUCUCUGAGGACUUGCCAGAGGCUCUGCUGGAGUUCACUGCUGCUCUGACUCACCUGGAGAUGCUGCCUCCACUUCCCCUUUCCUGGCAACCAGUGGGUCUGAAGACACAGUACAGGCAAAGCCCAUGUGACGGGUUUGAAGGACUUAGAGCAAAAAGGCCUCUCAGGAAACCAUCUCCAAAACUGCAGCAGCAGUAUAGCAUGCUGUCUCCAACCCUUAAUGCCGCCCUUACCCCAUUUUUAAGAGUAGUUUAUGGCCAUCCUUGGAGUUUUAUAAUGAAAAGUUCUCUAAUAUUCCAUGCCGGGUGGUUGAAUCCUGCGAUAUUCUAGUGUGACAGGGUGAGCUAGAUACCUAAGAGGAUGUGGCCAGAACCAGGCUGGGGCAGGCAUGGGCAGCCUGUCCACCUCACUCCAGCAUCGUCCCUCCCACUUCACUGCAUUGCAUUGGUUUAGGAGGCUUUGGGGCACAAGAUAGGCAAAAGGGCAGUUUUCCCAGCUGACCCACUCUGGCAAAAAUCAGGAAAAAAAUAAGACUGCCUCUGACAUCAAAUUCUACUAGUUUGAGACAGUUGGGCAAGGAAAGUAUUGGGAAGAUAAGCCUUCAGAGACUUGGAGCAGCUAGAAUGGGUAGAAGUCCUAGGCUUGGAGCCCCUGUAGUGACAAGAAGCAGAGCCCUCACGUUGGGUGGAUGUGUGCGUUACGCUUUGUCAUCUCUGUAGCUUCCUUUACAGAUCAACUGAGAAUGGACCCGCCCCCUACCUCUUUAAAUAGUUGUAGGCCACUUUUCUCCCCGUAACUUGGGAAAACAAAAGGAGAAGUAAGGGUCAUACUACACCGCCUGUCACCACAGUGGCUGUGGUUGUCUCAGGGCAGGCGGGCAGGCAAGGAUGGCCUGUCCAGCCCUCACAGGUCAGUGGUUUCGGCAGGUCUGAGAGCUGCCCCACUGGCCAGACCUCUCCAAUAGCAGAGCCAGCCUGGGGCUUGCAUGUCCAGCCUGAGCAAGCUUAACGGGAUGAAGCUGAGGCUUUCUCCCCACUGUGACUGGAGUGCAUGUUUACACCAGCACUUUUUCUGCACAUGUAUCUUCAAUCCAACAAGGCCAUUUUUUAUGCUGAGUAACAGAGGCCACCAAGCGGCUACUGCAUUACACCCUCUCAGCAAGUGGCCGCAUUCUCUUCUGCACCAUUUUCUACACCAGACCUGCUUGGCACCACAGGGAGCUCUUCGCCCCUGCACAAUGACAUUCCAACCACCACCAGCCAGAAGUUACAGCCAACCUUGCUGAUUGUCACGAGCAGGACCUUGGGUCCACUGGCACUGUCAGUGACGUAAGCCAUUUCCUGGGAGGAGGAGGAAACUCCUCGCCACCAAUCUGCUUGGGCCUGUGCAAAUGGCACUUCAAAGGAGUCCCCAUGCACUUGGAGUCCAUGAGCCAGUGGGAUAUAUGCAAAGACGCUUAAACAUUUCAGGGCUGGUUUCUCUGUUCAUAUCCAAUUCUGGUGCUUAGGAACAGGGACCUAUGCUGAUGCCCAAGGGCAAAAAGCCCCACUUCCUUUAAGAAAGGGGGCAGGCCUGACCCUGAUGCCCAGUAAGGGGCAACCCUAGGCUUUUUGUUUUUCUUGCUUUUAUUCCUUUUUGUUGGCCUUGUGCUGGGUUUGUUUACAAAAGAUGUAUUUUGUUUAACCAAAUAUUAAAAAUGGAAAACUCCAUACAUAAAUUUCAUCUGUCUGAAUUCUGUAAUUAUGUACAUUAAAAAAAGUGAAGUUUAGUAUGA